AUGGCGGCAUGUCAAUUUCUUUUUCGAAUACAAAUUUUCUCUUUAUGUUUCCUCUGUCUUCGUUUGUUUAGCCUAUAUACAACAUCAGCAUCAAGUAUAAGAGGGGUUGCUCUAACUAGUAAGUAUUUUCUACUGUAUCUAAACGUUUAUAGAGGCGAUCUGCGCUGGAAAUCUGGUUCAUAGUGGUUAAAAAUCUCCAGGACUUAUCGAUACUGCAGAGUAUUGUUCUAUUUUGUUUUAGGUAAUGAUGAUAUAAUUUAGCCUUGGUUUUACAUGAGGAAACUAUGUCAUAAUUAUCUCUUGAAUCGGUGUAAGACCUUGUUUGUAUAAUAAUUGAAACCCAGCAGAAAGGGUAAAUCUGGAUGCAACUUAAUUUGCCUUCCAUGUUUAACCCUUUAAACUUGUAUGCAGUGUGAUUUUAAGAGUUAAGUUUUUCAUUAACGGCAAGUUGUAAUUGCACAUUCAAACAAUGUAAAGUUCGAUAAAAGGAAGCUGAAGAAUGCAGGUCUGGAGAAGAUUUAGUGUUAUUGUUUAAUGAAGCACUAAGUUUCUAUGGUUUCAGCUGACAAACCAAUCAUUACCAUUUCCAACAAUUAUGUGCUUCAUGCAUAUUUUUUGUUUUUUCCUUUUAGGGUUACCAUUUUUUGAUAGCUCAAAAGACUUCACUUGCUUUGAUGGCUCUCUAACAGUUCCUUUUAAUUCUGUAAAUGAUGAUUAUUGUGAUUGUGCUGAUGGUUCUGAUGAACCAGGUAUGGUAGCCAUCUCCAUUUUUUGCCAAAUGGUGCAACAUCAAUAAACUGUUAUUUGGGUUUUCAGUGAUUUUGUUACAAAUUGUUAUGGUGAUUCCUGGGACCCAUCUUGUGAAACAAUAUGAGUCCCAGUUAAAAAUGCUUGGGCCAUUAUGUAACCAGACAGUUAAUCUGAAGACAGACUCCAAAACUCUGUAUUACAGUAUACUGAAAUUAAAAUAUAGUCUUUUUAUUUUAAUACACAACGAAGGCUAAAAGAAUAUGCAUUGUUCAACAACAGCCACAAUAACUGCCACAGAAAUUACACAAAUGGUCCGAAUAUCUCUACAAAUACACAUGUUCAGAUCGGUGAUCGAUCUUGUGUCCUACAGGAUGCAUACCAUGAAUUAUUUAGCAUUUUGGGGGAUUUUUAUGUGUCAGGGACAAAGGACGCGGAGGUAACAAAAUCACCAUGCGAAGCCUGUUCCCAGGCUAACCCCCCCAAACCCCUUUAUCAUUACACCUGUACUAAGGGUGGGAGGGAUAAGCAUUGACUAAAUCAUUGAAACCUUUCGAUGCAAGAUUAUGACUAAAAUUCUAAACUCGAUCCUUUAGGAACUUCAGCUUGCUCCAAUGGAAUAUUUCACUGUACAAAUGCUGGAUUUAGACCAUUGAACAUUCCUUCAUCAAGAGUAAAUGAUGGCUUAUGUGGUAUGUCAGGAAUUUAUUUACAUGUACAUUGAGUGAUAUUUUUACUUUUGUAAUAAUUAUUAUAUGGUGCAAGUAUUUGUGGCUAUUAGAAUAUUAAUAUUAAUAAUAGUGGAGUUCCAUGCACGCCCCAAUUGCGCACGAGCAGAGCCCUAUACCUAAGAAAAUGUGGUCAUCUAUCCAUCCAAGAAAUUUUGGUAAUCACAUGACUGUCUGUCCGCCCAACCACCCGUCUGUCCUCAUCGCAGGGGAACCAACAUUAAAUGUCAACCUUUUAGCUAGUGUGGGAGCCUGAAACCUGAUAUUGUACAUCCAUGUUGUGGUUAAUUGACAGCUGUCAAAACAUGGUGUCUGCUGACCAGUAUCACAUGACCAUAUUGCAGGCUCAGAUGUCGACCCAUCUAGGUUAUGUGUUUUUUUUUAAGUUCUCUGCUGACAAGUUACAAGUUUUCGACUGAUUGCAGGCUCAGGUUUAAGUGAUUGUCUAUUUAUUAACUGGAACUUCGCCUUUAGCCGUGGCUAAAUAUAUAUAUUAUAUUUUUAACAUUCAGAUUGCUGUGAUGGCAGUGAUGAAUACGAUGGAUCAGUCAGUUGUCCAAAUACCUGCAAGUAAGAUAUGAAAAAUUACACGUAUAAGAAUCUCGUAGGUCUAGUAAACAAAAUAACCAAUCAAUUUUUAUAGUAAAAUUCUGCUAGUAAUACUAAGUUUUUUCUUUGCAAAUUAGGCAUUCUGUUGGUAACAAUACAUCUUGUGACCUUUCUCUGUGAAUGUUACAGUUUGUCAGAGAUGAUUUGUUUACUCCGGCCAAAAAGAGAGAAAGGAGAGUAAAAGGCCUUUCACCAAGUCAUUUUGGGCACAUGUGAUUGCCUUAAGUGAAAGUUUGCUUGGCAACAAGAUAACUUAAUAUUCUGUUAUAUUCUCGUUAUUACUCUAAUUGAGAAAAUGUAAACUGUAUAAGAAUUUUUUUGUUUUAACAUUACUCUCAUUUUUUGUUAACUUUACACGAAUUGAAAAACGUAGAAAGUAGUUACAGCAUGCAGUUAUGAUGUCUCAUUCCAGGAACAGGCUUGUCACUGGUGAAUAAAAAUUAAUUCCAUUCAACCUGAUCAACAACCUUGCUUCAUAAAUUUAUUUCAGGGAACUUUAUAAAGAACUUUACCAAAAACAGAAAGAAGAAGCUGAACUAGCAAAGCAGGUAUCUAAACCUUCUCACCCAACUUUGCAGUUUUAAAUAAUUUUUCAGUUAACUUGUUUCCAUGGUCUUUGCAAUUACUAUGUAGCUCAGGGCUAUACAUACAUAUGGAUAAUCCUUUAAAUCCACGACCUCUGAUGCCAACCCUAAUCUAAGAUAUUGUAUGGCUUAAGGGUUAGAGUUGGGGGUAAGAGCUACAGUAGGGUUAGAUCAGAGACGCAUUGAGGGGAAGUAAUCAGCUCAUUUUUUUUUUUAUUUGCUUCUAUCUAAGUGACAUCUCGUACUACUCAUGUCUACUGGUUGUUAAAAGAUAAAUGUACAAUUUAAUAAUAUUACAAAGCUACAAGAAUUAGGAAGCUGAUAAGUGGAAACUUUAAUGGUAAAAAUAGGGCUAAUAUGCACAAUUGUAUGAGACUGUGAAGCUGGUAUCCAUGAUUUUCUUGAUUCAAGGGUCUCGCUGUAAAACAAGACUACAGCAGACAGGGUCAAGAGACAAAAGAAGAAAGAAAGGUAUGUGUUUUUUGGUUUUACAUCUAGUUAUUUUGGGAGAUGGCCGAGGGUAACUAUUAACCAUGGUUCAUAUUAUCAGUUCCCCAAGAGCCAAAGUAGUCAUUCCCCAUAAAUUCUUCGAGGACUUGGCACAGUACUACCUAAAUGUCACCCCAGAGCUAAAUGUUUGGAGCUUAUACCUGGUGCUAAAGAACUUUGUUACGCUGUUAAAUUGGACAGUGCAUGACUUUCUUUUGUGAUCACUUUUUAAUUUUCUUAUUGCAUAUUGAUUUAAGCUUGUCAUGUACCUUUUUGCUUGCAUUUAUAAUCUAGAUUAAUUUCGUAUAAAAAUCAUUCCUGUUUUAAAAUCCCUUUUAGCAAAAGCUUGAGGAACUUAAGAAACAAUUGGAAGAUAAGAAAGCUUUGGUUGAAGAACUGAAAGGUACUAUCAAUAAUGUUACAAGCAUCUAUACUUAAGAAGCAUCUUCAUUACAACUUACCUAAUGAGUCUCCUUAUAGGCAGUGGCUCUGGUACACAGGUGGAAAUCAGGAGUUUAAGCCAGGAAAUAAAAUUGUUAAUCUACCAGACACUCGCAAUAACAUUUUACUCUUUGUCUUUUACAUAUUUAUAUAUUAUUGUUUUCCCUUAUUGUAUACUCAGGGAAAAAAGAGGAAGUUGAGGCAACUGAAAAGGAAGCCAAGGAUAAACAUGAAAAAGCAUGGGAAGGUUAGAUUCUUUAUUGUGCUUAAAUUAGGGUCUUAACAACAUGAAUACCAUAUUAUUUUGUCCGGUUUUAUUAAAAUGGAGCCAUUAGGCUUGGCUUGGACAUCUUUGUGGCAAAUAUUUGUAGGGUUUUUUUAAUUCAAGUUCAAGUUCAUUUAUUCACACUUAUUCAAUUACAAUACAACAACAAUAAGGCCAGAUCAUGGGAAGAUAGUCCAUUGACAGGUCUAACAGUGGAUGGGGGGCUGGGUAACCGAUGGCAUUGUGGCAAAACCAGAGGGUGGGUAGGGAGGGGACUUUUUGUCAAGUUUCAAAACGUUUCUGUGUCUUCUCAAAUGUGAAAUUUAUUCUGAAUUGUUUGGUUGUCCUGUGGUUCAUUCGUAAUAAACGGUGCACAGGGCACCUACCUGACCCUAACUUAGUUCUGUAGCGUGCCAUGUGGAAAGGUUUUUGCAUGGAUCUGGUUAUCCUUCAGUUGAUAUGCCUUAUGAGUUCUGUUCUCAUAAUCUUUUAUUUAGAAACCAAGGUCAAGAUAUUGGCUGAAAGAGACAGAGCAUCUGCAGAGGCUGCUUUUAAAGCUCUUGAUACUAGUGCUGAUGGAAGGUGAAUAUGUUGCACAUUUUUUAGACAUUCUGGUAUUUUCAAGGCUUGUCAAAAAAACAAUUUUCAUCCAUAAAAUAUGUUAGUAUUUAUUUAUUAUUUUUGAAAAAUUCACGGAAAGGGUGAAUUUAUUUUACCAUUAUAGCCCUACUGCUGGGUUUAUUAUGAAAACAUUUUCAUUUUUUUUUUGCAGUUUUUCAAUAUAAAUAAUUAUAAUAUGUACUAUGUCUUCACUACAGACUCACAAUCCAAGAACUUGUUGAUACUGAACUCAUGGAUAAGAAAUACACUGAAGAUGAGGCUAGAGUAAGUGUCUGUAAUACACCACUGUAUUUUGCCAUUUUAUACUCUCAAAUCUUUACUUUUAAUUAAUACAAAACAUACACAGUAUUACUACAGCAUCUCGGCUAAAUCAAGUCUCAUAAAUAGUGAUAAUAAUGAAAUAAUGAUGAUCAUGAUGACAAUAGUAAGGUUAUAACCAUUGUAGUAGCAAUUAUUAAUAGUAAUAUUAAAAAUAAUAAUGAUUAUGUUAUUACAAUGUUGUAUACUACUCAUUAACCAAGAGUGAGGUCAUUACCGGGAAAUGUCAGACUGAGGCCUUGAUGUAUUGCCCGGUUAAUACAUCAAGGGUGAGGUCUGAGAUUUCGCUGUAAGGACUGAAUGGACGAGGUUAAUAAGUUAUUUAUUAUUAUUGUGACCUUUUCAUUAUGGACCUGAGCCUGCAAUCAAUUAAAACCAACAACUGGUCAGCAGAUAACUUUAAAAAACACAACACCUCAAUGAGUUGUACAAUUGAGCCCACAAUACAGUCAGGUGAUACUGGUCAGCGGAUACCCUUUUUGACAGCUGUCAAUUGACCAUAAUACGGAUGUUUAUAAGGAUGUCCACUAUCAAGUUCAAACACAGAUUGCAUAUGCCUUGGACACCUAGCUAGUAAUGCCUGAACAUUACAAGAAAACAGCCAAUCAGUGCGCACAGGGCUCCUGGUGUGCAUGCACGUACUACUGUAGCCAUAUAAUAAAAUAAAAUAUGGAAAAAAAUAAUAAUAGUGAUGACAGUAAUGGAUAAGAUCUGCAAUGAUUGAAAUUAUUUUUUUCCAGGAGCUUCUUGGAGGUUAUGAGGAGUCAGACUUUGAAAGCUUUUUCACCGCACUUUGGAGCUCAUUCAAAGGGAAAUACCUUCAUAAACAGGUAAAAUGAUUAAAUUUUGUUUCACUUUUCUCUUUUGAAGCCAUUGGAGGAGAUUUUUAUUAGUUACAGUGUGUUGUCAGUGACAGCAUUUUCCAUCAACUUUGGAACUUUUCAGUCACCGAUGGGCCAAAAAAAAAUUUUCAAGUUAACAGAUAACUGUAUUAAAAAAGGGUUUUUGUUGAAAAGUUUAGCCAGGAGGUUAAAAACCCAAAUAGUGUUCAUGACUGUAUAGAGCUGGGGUGGCCAUAAAGUUGACUUGAAAAAGCAAGGAUUUAUGUGUAGUUAACGAACAAGCAGUCUUGUUAAGUUUUAGACUAGAUAUAAAAAACAAACUGAGUUAAAGUAUAGCCCAGGGCGAUUGAAUUUUGCUGUAGAGAUAGCAAAUUCUUUUCUUAACUUGUCCUAUGGGCAAGCAAAGUUUUUAAGGCAAUUCAAAUUACAGAAGAACUGUAAUUAAUCCUGCUCAUCCUUAAAGUAUUUCAGGCUAAUUUAAAUAACUCCUGGGCUAGUACAUGAUCGCUACAGCUUGCCUGUGUGGCAGGCUGUGAAACUGACUUUCUUUGCACCCUGUUUAGUCUUGCAGUAGGAUUUUGAUUGGGCUUGAUUUUGGCCUAGACAAUUGGACGUAUAAGCCAUGUCUCCAUCAGAAACAAAUUCAUCAAUAUUAAUUUCCUUUCUAUCUUCUAUAAGAAUUGUUAAUGAGUUCUUGAAGAAAGAAAGGUAAAUAAUAUUGAUUUAUUGUAUUUAGUCCAUUGUUGAGUUUCAGUGUAUAUACUUAAUUUAUGAGUGUUAUAAAGUGAUAUGUCUGAUAAUCUAAACUCCAACUAAUAAAAUAAAUGUCAUUCUAUUAUUCCAGACAGAACCACCACCAUCUGAAGAAUCUGAGAAAGGGGAAGAAAAGCCAACAGAUGGUGUGUUAAUAUUUAGCAGAAAAUAAUGUUUCAAAUGUGGUUGAAUAUGUGACAUUAAGAUCUGACUAGAGGAAGCACUCAUAAUGUUUCAUAAUAAUUCUGUAUAUUGCCACCACAUGCCUACAGGUUUUUUAAGUAUAAAUUUUUGCUUUUAACUAAUCCAGGAAGGCUAGAAAGUCUAACUGUUUGCAGAUUUCAAAGGGUAGCACUUUCUCCUCAGUUGUUUAAAGGGGUUAUUUCACAAGGGUAUUGCUGUUUAAGGCCAAUUCUCUGCUGAAGUUAUUACUUAGUGCUUUUAGAAAUUGUACCCAUACACAAAAUGCUCCUGUACAGUAAUGAAGAUAUCUGACAAAUUUUAUCAGGGAGCACAGAGCAUAAUUUUUCUGGCACUUUUUGCAGGAAAUAGCGUUGAAACUUGAAAAUGUUGGGCCAACUUUUUCAAGGUUUGAUCCAUAUCCAUCCUCGCCAUCCAUUUUUACCAACCAAGGUUCUAUCUAGGAUUUAUCUUUUGGGGGAGAAGUCCCGAGUGGCUGAAGGCAACAAGCUUCCUAGGGGGUCCAGGGACAAGAUCCCCAGAAAUUUUUUGAAAUGAAUUUGUGCUGAGAUAUAAUCUGGUGCAUUUUGAGACACAAUUUUGAGAAAUGUUACAGUGUGUGCAAUGACCUUGUCGUGUCUGGAUGAUUUUUCCAGUAUAGUUACCUAUAUACCAUAGCGAUAACAAUAUUUUGCGGGGGAAGCUUUACCGCUCAAAUACCCUAGAUAGAACCCUGCCGACGAGAGGAAACAGUUUUGGUACCUAAAUAAUGGUCUUAAAGAAUUAAACUGGACUGUUAAAUCUGGAUUUCUGUAGAAGCAAAGACACGUUUUAUAUUUUUUUAAGAAAGUUAACAAAUAGCAUGACACACAGUCGCAAGGAACCUGAAUUGAUAUUGUUAUUGGAAAUCAAGCAUUGCGCGCACAACCUACAGAUAAGUCAAUUAUCUUCUAGCAGAUAACUAACUAAUAUGUAGGUUGCACUGAUUUCCAAAAUUAACUGUAGGCUCUUAGCCAAUGAGAAGACAGAUAGUGCAAUGUAUAAUAAAUGUAUUUAUUUGUCAAUGAACCUUUAACUGCAGCUGCUGAACCUGAGGACCCACCCUCCCCUCCUCCAAUUGAUGACAACCUUGAUGAAGAUGAAGAUUUGCCAGAUGUUCCUGGCGAUGAUGAUGAUGAGGAGGAAGAGGAAGAUGAAGAUGGUGAUGAUGGGAAAGAGAUUCCUGAUGAACUUAAACAGGAAGCUGAAAAAAGAGCUGCAGAAAGCUCCAAAGAGGGUGAGUUCAUAAAUCAAAUAAAACUCUCUAAACUAUAUAUCCAAAUUGUGAUGGUUGUGAUGCGAGUUCACAAAACCGUAUUCCGUCUAUUGAAUUUUUAGCAUUUCUGAUGCUGUACUUUUACCAUAGGGCAGCAUUUACUUCACAAUUACAUUUUUUUGAAAUCAAUGACAACAAUUAUCAUUAUUACAAUAAAGCAAUAAUUUUUAACUAUUAUGUAAGACAGAAAGGUGUCUUUUGCUGAGAUUGAAUCGUAAUUGUCUGGUUGGUGUAGAUUACAAAGUUGUACCAAGUUACUGCCUUAAAAUCCUCGAAUAAACGCACAUUUUUUUUUUGAUUGGGUGGAAAGUUUAUUCGAGAGUGGUGUUUAUUGGUAGUUUUGCUUUCAUUGAGGGUGGCAUUAAAACCACACUUGAGUGGCUUUGAAAAAAGAAGUAACUUUAAAGCUUUACAUUAACAAACGAUCAUGGAAUUUAUGUCUUACUCAUUUGUGAAUUAAUUUUCCUUUUUCUUGCGUAAUAUUCUAUUCUAAGACUACCCCUACGCUUCAGACAUUUCCUUUUGAAUCUGAACCAAAAGAGCAUAAUCAGUAUCAUUAUCAAGCUUUAAUUUUUUUCUCUUCAAGUUAACAGAGGUUAAGUAAACCUGACUGACUUUGGUGUGGCUUUUUGCUUACAGAGAAGAAAGAAGGUGAUGACUUAAAGAUGCCUGAAUACGAUGAAGAGACACAAGCCAAAAUUACUGGUACAUUUUAUUUGCUCAUCAUUGACGUGCUGUGCAGUUGAGGAGUUGUACUAACAAUUAUUUUAAUUUUUGCUACAGCUGCUGAUCAGGCCAGAAAAGAAUUUAAUGACGCAGAAUCAGCUACUCAGGACACAGAAAAGGAAAUCAGGUCUGUUUAUCUGUUUAUGCCCCAAUAUCCACAUAAAAAUUCUCCAAACUGAUCUCUAUACAUUUCCUUUAAAGAAUGAGUUGAGAGAAUUUGAUAAAAGAUCAAAGCAUUUUUUCUUAGGUGAUCAUUUUAUUAAUUCUCAUAACCUAAUCUCUUGACAAUGUAUGGAUAUUGUUAGGACAAAAUUGAUGUUGGUCACUAUUGGGACUUAAAGGGUUAACUGUUUAUGCAAACAGCCGAACAACAACAAAUGUAUGCAGUAUAUAUGGUAUGAUCCAAAAACAGGCUGUGUGAGAAGACAGGCUAUCAACUUUUUAAAUUGUAUUGUCUUGUACUACAUGAAUAAAAAAAAGAGCAAUGGGUCCAAAGGGAAAGAUUUGCUUCAUAAUGCCCUUAGAGGAAACUAAAGAUAUUUAUUAUUGUGUUAUGAUUAAAGAAAGGAUUCUUUGAGGAACUGAUGACAAGGGUGUAGUAAAUGUUGUGGUCGACAAGGGCAAGCUACACAUUUAGAAGUCCAUGGAAAAGACAUAUGACAAAAUGUAUAUUUUAAAAAGAUGGUUUUGGGGGUAAUCUACUCUAAAAAUGAUGAGAACUAGAAAGGCAAGUGAUAGUUGAGUAGGGGAUGACAGAGGGGCGUCGUCGUUGCUUACAUGUAAGCUCCCUAUUCGGUUGGAUAGAAGGUGUGUUGCUCUUCCAAGCAGUAUAACUGUGUUUGGUUCUCCUCUUUUUAGUGAUCUUGAACGUGUCUUGAACUUGAAUCUGGGUCAAGAAGAAGAAUUUUCGCCACUUCAAGGCCAGUGCUUCGAAUACACUGACAGGGAGUAAGUAUGCACUUGUGUUACAACUAAAUAAAGAUGCACGAGCAGGGUGUAGUACAUGUAUUGAGGCGCGUCACGGAGUAGCAUGGAGUGACAUGUUAUAGCGUAGUUAACCACAAAUACUGGAGACUAUCUUACAAUCUUGCAUUUGAAUUCGAAGGCGUGUCAAGACAACUGAAGUUUCUUUUUCUUUCGAUUUUCAGGUAUCUCUACAAAGUUUGCCCAUUUGACAAAGCUUCUCAACAACCAAAGGACGGAGGCUCGGAAACAUCUCUCGGGUGAGCUUUUUGUCGAAUUUCGUUUUCUUAUUAUAUCUUUCCGUUAUUUAUAAGACAGGCAUUUCUAUCCUUUAAUAGACAGGCAAGGUUGAUAGACCAAGCGAUCGAAUUAUGCUGCAAUAGCCCCGUCGCCUACUUUGGGCUUUGUUAAAACUAUAGCGGAUAGCCUUUCAUGUCGCGUCAAACUGGAGAAACAGUUUUUCAUCCGUUAUCCGGACUCCGAGAAGUGGUUUCAAAAAAGAUUGCUGAGUAUUUGAUGCAGCUUCUCAACUUUUGAAAACAAACAAUAACAAUAAAAAAAUUAAAGGAAGAAGCUCGCUAAACUGUAUUCAUGAGUCGGUUUCCAUCAUUAAAGAAUUUUUUGUUAACAAAUUUAUUUUAGAACUUGGGGUGAAUGGACAGGAGACCCUAACAAGUACAGUCAAAUGAAGUAUUCAGGAGGACAGAGCUGCUGGAAUGGACCCAGUAGGUCAGCUAUGGUAAGUCCGAAAAAAAUGGUGUUGUGUUCGCACAUUGAGCGAGUACCCGUGAUAUGUAACCGUGUACAUAGUUACUCAAUUUCCCCCUGUCGGACUCCAUUUUGAAACAAGAACUUAGCAGCGAGUACAAAGCAGUGGACUGCCCCAGAACAAAAACGAUGCGCACACUGGGACCUUGAGACUGUUUCUCGAAGGUCCCGAUAACUUUUGGGGCCCGAAAGCUGUUUUGCGUUUGUGGUGUUUACAUUUAAGAUCAAAGUUUCAAUAACUUCGAAAACAGAACAAUGAAACUAUCAGUAAACGAAGCAAUUUUGAUUGGUUUGUGGGCUAGGAACUGUAGUACUAUUCAACAGGGUUUGAUUUUGAAAUUUGCCUUCGGGCCCGAAAAGUUUCCGGGUCUUUUGAGAAACGGGCCACUGGUGGUCAUGUUUGUGUCUGAGGACCUUGAACUCGCGCACCGGCACCGUGCCUGAAUUAUAGCGUGGGUACUUCAAAAAAGUGAGCGUUCACAUUAGUGCCCAGCAAAUACGCAUCCGGGCACCAUGCCCGGUAACAAAGUGUGAACGCGACCCGAGUAUACUCCAUUGCCUUCAGUGUAACUUCCACGGUCGUGUCUCGUCCCCUUGUUUUUCGUUUGUACGAAUUAGGGUGCAUAGAUCUAACGAAAAAUUACAUUGCCAACCAGAAACUGUAUUAAACCUCUGCUUCGUGUUACUUGUGUAGGUAAACCUUCGAUGUGGCUCGACAAAUGAAUUGGUGCAAGUAACGGAACCUAGCAGAUGUGAAUAUCUCAUGGAAUUCAAAACUCCUGCUGCGUGCCAGAACGUUGAUGUGGAGUCGUCUUUCACUCACCAGCAUGGAGAUGAGCUUUGA